UUGAGAUUUUUGACAAUAAGCCCUUUAAUUUCUUAUAAGAAAAGGGUUGUAAAAAAUGCAUCGCAUAUUUUUGGUUUUUGUUCUCGUUAGUAGCGCUGCAAGUCAGUCAAUUGUUUCCGGCAAAUGCGUGAAGCCGGAACAGGCUCAAGAAAAUAUAGACGUUGCUGGGAUACUAGGUACCUACUACCAAUAUGCCCGCGUUAUCAACGCCGACGAGUACGGGGAUUGCUCCACUACCACUCUUGGCUUCGCGAUCACCACCACCGGUACGGUAUCUAACCGGGAGGUCCUGAGUAAUGGGACUGUUAGGACCUGGUCUGGUUCGAUUAAGAAGAUUGACAAAUAUACCUAUGUUUUUGACUACGGUGAACUCAAAUACACCAACUACGCGCUGGCGACGGACAAGAGGAACUACAUAUUGAUUUACAGCUGCAAAGAUGUGCCGAAUACUAGCACGAAAUAUGUUUGGGGCUGGAUUCUGAGCAAGACGAAGCAGCUGUCCGAAACAGUACAGUCAUCCAUCGAACAAGCCCUCAUCGGUAACAAAGACCUGUUGCAGGCCAAUUGGCAUUAUACCGUCCAAGCCAACUGCUAAUUCCGUGAUUUUAUAUGUUCAUUUAUGCAGCUGUUGAAUUAGUCAGCAAUGAAAAGACGUAUAGUCAGUAGUUUCGAACAAUAUAUUGGCACAUGUUUAACAUGCUUUCUAUUGCAUACAACAUGUGGUAC